AUGCCACCAAGACCGCCUCCUCCACCUGGUCCUCCUCCACCUCCAGGACCUCCACCUCCUCCAAUUUUUGGAGGUUCAAAAGCUUCAGGCUCAGCUGAUGACCGCAAUGCACUACUAAGUUCAAUAAGACAAGGCGCAAAGUUAAAAAAGACUGUUACAGUGGAUAAAAGUGGACCACAUAUUCCUGGUAAAGUGUCUAACAGUGUUCCCAAUAAUGCAUCAAUAGUUGGGAAUGGAGUUAAAAGUAGUGGAAUGUCAAAUGGUGGUGCUAUGCCGGGUUUAGGUGGACUUUUUGCAGGAGGCAUGCCUAAAUUAAGGCCUACUGGAAAAGGAUUUACUAAUAGUGGAAGCACAACUCCAAAUGGUCAAGUAAGCAGUGGUAGUUCAUCGCCUCGUUUUCCACAACAUAAGUCACCAGAAAAGUCAAGAUCAUUUGGAUCCCCUGGAGGGAACUUAGUUGCAGCCCUUUCUGAAGCACUUGCAUCACGAGAGUCAUCAAAAGAUGUUCGUGAGUCACCCAGAGAGCAGGCACCAUCUAGACCAGGUGUUAGGAGGCAGCCCAGUGAGGCUAAAACUAGAGGACCUCCACCAGAUCCCCCGGUGCAAAAGAACCCCAUGCCUUUGAGUACAUCAGACUCGGUUCUAACUACGGGUGUGACGGAGCGAGUGAGUUCCGAGCAGAAUUUGCCUCCUAAUGUCGCUUCCACGCUGCACCGCAAUAGGAGCUCGUUGCACUCGGGCUCUCAGACGUCUUUGGGUGGUUCCAUGACUUCUCUUACAACAGCGCCGCCGGCGGCCACGCCAGCGUCUUCGCUGUCCACCUCGGAUCUAUCAGAGCGGCCUAGAGUCAGCCAUGGGAAGCCCAACUUGGCUCCCAAACCGCCGACCAACCAACCCGACAGGCCUUCACCACCGCCUAAGAAGCUCCUUGUUAAUGGAAAAUUGGCUGCCAGGGCGCAGAGUAUGAGAGUGCCUAGGUCGCCUCCGGUGUCCCCGCCGUCCCCUCCGGGACUGUCUCGGCCCCCGCAGCCGCCCCCGGCGCCCCAUAACCCGCCAAUUGCAUCCAAAAACAACGCAUCGCACUUUGGUACCAUGCGAGCACCUCGCGGCCUGCGCCCGCCCGGGGUUUGUCCCCCUCCACCUCCGGGUGCUCCGCCUCCUCCCCCUGGAGCACCGCCGCCGCCCCCUGCCCGAGGGGCUUCGCUGGCGCAACCUCCGCCGCCCCCGCCGCAUUAUAGGCUGAACAGCACAAACGAAGAACCCCACGCGCCUGCACCGCCCGUCCGUGGUUCGUCAAUACGCGAACGCGCGGCCGAAUUUGACGCUCGCUUCGCAGCUUUAUUCCACCCGAUGACGUCAUUCCCUGAUCCGCCGCCUUUCCUACGCGUUACAAAAGGCUAUUGCAGUGCCUCUGCACAGGUGAGUAAGGCCCAAGCGCCGCCGCCCCCGCUGAAGGUGCCCCUCGAGGGCUGGACGGGCACGUCGAGCGCCUGCUAG